GGUCAGGGAUCCCGAGUUUGGGGCCUCAGUACUGGGAAGUGAAAGUGAAACCCCAGCUCUGGGGUUGGGGACUGAGGCAAAAAGGAAAGAGAUAAAGGGGAGUGGAGACCCAGAGCGGACCCUGCAGACACACCAGGACGCUGCUCAGCACCCGGACCGUGCGGCGAGCUCCGCUCCAGCUGCAGCCCAGGAGUCCGUGCUGCGAGCAGGCCCCAGCAUGCGGCUCCCUGCCCUGAAGCCCUGGGCUCCCCUCCUCCUGACUGACCUGAUCCUGCUUUGGUUGUUGCAAGGCCUGCUGGGAGCUCUCAUCCCUCCAGGGCUCCAUGUCCUCUGGCUGGAGGGGGCUUUUCGAAUGGGGGCCAUGUGGGGGGUGCUAAGUUUAUUGGGAGAGUGUGGGAAGGUAGGGGAACAAUUGCCUAUCUUGUGUCUGAGCACCCCCCUGUUCCUGUCCCUGAGGGCCCUGGUUGCAGGGACCUUGAGUGCUCCCCCUGUGCUCCUAGCCUCAGCCCAAUGGACCUGGCUGCUGGCGGCUUAUGGAGGAAUGGGACUGGGCUGGGCUGUGUGGAAGGUGCUGAGUCCCUCAGAAGCCCCUCCCUCAGCACAGGAGAAGGAGCAAGUCCUGGAGAACAAAGCCAUGAUGUGGAGGCUGCUGAGGCUGUCCUGGCCUGACUUCCCCUUCCUUGUUGCUGCUUUCUGCUUCUUGGCUGCUGCAGUCAUAGGUGAGAUGUUCAUCCCUCACUACACUGGUCGUGUGAUUGAUAUCCUGGGCCAGGACUUUGACCUUGAUGCCUUUGCCACUGCCAUCUUCUUCAUGUGCCUCUUCUCCCUUGGAAGCUCAUUGUCUGCUGGAUGCAGAGGAGGCCUCUUCAUGCUCGUCCUGUCCCGAAUCAAUCUGCGUAUUCGGCGGAUGCUCUUUUCCUCUCUGCUUCACCAGGAUCUCACCUUCUUCCAGGAGACCAAGACAGGGGAGUUAAACUCACGCCUAUCUUCGGACACCAAUUUGAUGAGUCGUUGGCUCCCUUUAAAUGCCAAUGUGUUCCUUCGGAGCCUGGUAAAGGUCAUAGGACUGUAUGGCUUCAUGUUCAGUCUCUCACCUCGACUCACCCUCCUCUCCCUGCUUGAAGUGCCCCUCUCAGUGACUGCUGAGAAGGUCUACAAUACCCGACGUCAGGCAGUCCUGCAGCAGAUCCAGGAUGCAGUGGCAGAGGCUAGACAGGUGGUGAGGGAGGCAGUGGGAAGCCUGAAAACUGUGAGGAGUUUUGGAGCAGAGGAGGAUGAGGCCCAGCGCUAUGAGGAAGCCUUGGAGCACAAGCGUCAGCUAGAAUGGCGCCGAGACUGGGAGCGAGCGGUGUAUCUGCUCUUCAGGAGGAGCCUUCAGCUGGGGAUGCAAGUGUUAAUGCUGAAUUGUGGGCUAAGGCAGAUCUUGGCUGGAGAGCUCACCAGAGGGGGCCUUGUCUCAUUCCUGAUCUACCAGGGGGAUGUGGGGAGUUUUGUGCAGGCUCUCGUGUACAUCUGUGGGGACAUGGUGAGCAAUGUGGGUGCUGCAGAGAAAGUUUUCCGAUACCUGGACCGUGAGCCACAGAUGCCUCCUCCUGGGACACUGGCCCCUCCUUCCCUGCAGGGCCUUGUGGAAUUCCAGAAUGUCUCCUUUGCCUAUCCCAUUCAGCCAACCAAGCCUGUCCUCCAGGGAGUGACAUUCACUCUGCACCCUGGGAAGGUGACAGCCCUGGUAGGGCCCAACGGGGCUGGGAAGAGUUCAGUGGCUGCAUUGCUACAGAAUCUGUAUCAGCCCACAGGGGGCUGGCUGCUGCUGGAUGGGGAGCCCUUGACCCAGUACCAGCACCAGUACCUGCAUUCACAGGUGUCUGUGGUUGGGCAGGAGCCUGUGCUGUUCUCAGGCUCUGUGAGGGACAACAUUGCCUAUGGACUGGAGAGCUGUGGGGAUGAUGAGGUGAGGGCUGCUGCCCAGGCAGCCCAUGCUGAUGGAUUCAUUGCCAAUAUGGAGCAUGGACUGGACACAGCUGUGGGGGAAAAGGGAAGCCAGUUGUCUGCAGGACAGAAGCAGUGUGUGGCCAUCGCUCGGGCCCUGGUGCGGAAUCCCCGUGUCCUCAUCCUGGAUGAGGCCACCAGUGCCCUGGACAUGGAGUGUGAGCAGGAGCUCCAGCAGAAGAUGCUGCAGGGGGGUCGGGCUGUGCUGGUGAUCGCACACCGGCUGCAGACAGUGCAGGCUGCUGACCGCAUCCUGGUGCUGGAUCAAGGGAAGGUGGUGGAGCAGGGGACCCACACUGAGCUCAUGGCCCAGAGAGGCCUCUAUCAUCGCCUGGUGCAGCGACAGCUUGAGGACUGAGUCCCUGGAGGAAGGUUCUCAGGGCCAACUCAAGGUAUGGUCCUGCAAGCUGUCAGUGUUCUCAAAGUGGUCUGGUCAAGGGCAAAAACUGAUUUUGCCCCCUGGUCUUAGCUGUGCGACUUCCUGACAUGGGAUUGAAUCUAAGCCGUAUGGAUAAAGUUCAGCUUGAAAAAUAAAAACUCAAGAACCUCUUGGAGAAUAAUGAAGAAAGUGGGAAGGAAGUGAGCCUAGUGGCAACAGAUCUCAAAUUAUACUGCAAAGUUGUAAUUGACAAUAGUGAUUUUGUACUGGUUCCAUCAGAGGAACAGAUUAGGUAUGCAACAUGUAGAAGCAAUGGACAGUACAGCAGAGUGUUUGACAAACCUAAAGACCUCAGCUACUGGAGGGAGAGCUAAUUUUUCAACAAACCAGUCUGGCAGAAACUAGGUCUAGACCAACAUCUCACAUCAUAUAACAAGUUCCAGAUGAAUCCAUGGCUUAGACAUAAAGAGUGGCAUCAUAAACACUGAGAGGAGCAAGGAAGAAAUUACCUUCCCAAUCUAUAGAAAGGAGAAUGGUUCCUGACUAAACAGUGGGUAGAGAGGAUGACAGAAGGUUAAACAAUUUUCACUACACGAAAUUAAGAGUUUUUUGCAAACAUAAAAUCUGUGUAGCUAAAAAUAGAAAGGGAAGGAGGUAACUGGAGAGAAUUGUCAUACUAAAUUUUUCGAUGGGUCUUAUUCCCAAGAUAUAUAAAGAACUGACUCAAAUUUAUAAAGUUAAGAGCAUUCCCAACUGAUAAAUGGUCACAGGAUAUGAAUAAGUAAUUUUUAAAGGCAAAUAUCUAAACUAUCAAUAGCAAUAUGAAAAACACUCCCAAUUAUUAUUAUUAAUUAGAGGAAUUAAAGUUAAGCAACUCUGUG